CCCGAGUUACACGCUUUCUCCCACCAAACUCUGUAAAACGUUAAUAACAUGAAAGAAAACCGAAUAAAAGAAGAAAAACAAAAGGAAAAUGAAUAUCCUAGAAGGAUCGAGAAACCCUAAAAGCAUACAGCCUAUAUAAACUGAGAUCUCCCAUCACAGCAUCCCAACUCAUUCAAACCCUACAUUUCGCCUCUUUGAAAUUGCGAAUCACGAAAGAAAAAAUCUGAAGAGAUGGCGGAUACAGAGACGUUUGCUUUCCAGGCUGAGAUCAAUCAGUUGCUGAGUCUCAUCAUCAACACGUUUUACAGCAACAAGGAGAUCUUUCUCCGUGAAUUGAUCAGCAAUUCAUCUGACGCUCUAGACAAGAUCCGCUUUGAGAGCUUGACAGACAAGAGCAAGCUUGAUGCACAACCAGAGCUUUUCAUCCACAUCAUCCCCGACAAGACCAACAACACCCUGACCAUUGUUGACAGUGGCAUCGGCAUGACCAAGGCUGACCUUGUGAACAACCUCGGCACAAUUGCGCGGUCCGGGACCAAGGAGUUUAUGGAGGCCCUUGCUGCUGGUGCUGAUGUCAGCAUGAUUGGUCAAUUUGGCGUCGGUUUCUACUCUGCGUACCUUGUAGCUGAAAAGGUGAUUGUCACCACCAAGCACAAUGAUGAUGAGCAGUACGUUUGGGAGUCUCAGGCUGGAGGCUCGUUCACCGUCACAAGGGACACCUCUGGCGAGCCCCUUGGCCGAGGCACAAAGAUCACCCUCCACCUCAAGGAGGACCAGCUCGAGUACCUUGAGGAGCGCCGUCUCAAGGACCUCGUCAAGAAGCAUUCCGAGUUCAUCAGCUAUCCCAUCUCCCUCUGGAUUGAGAAGACUACUGAGAAGGAAAUAUCAGAUGACGAGGAUGAGGAUGAGGAAAAGAAGGAUGAGGAGGGAAAGGUAGAGGAGGUGGAUGAGGACAAGGAGAAGGCUGAGAAGAAGAAGAAGAAGAUCAAGGAGGUGUCCCAUGAGUGGGAUUUGGUGAACAAGCAGAAGCCCAUUUGGAUGAGGAAGCCUGAGGAGAUCUCCAAGGAGGAGUACUCGGCCUUCUACAAGUCCCUGACCAAUGACUGGGAGGAGCACUUGGCUGUGAAACAUUUUUCAGUUGAGGGCCAACUUGAGUUCAAGGCCAUUCUGUUUGUCCCUAAGCGGGCCCCAUUUGACCUCUUUGAUGGCCGAAAGAAGCCCAACAACAUCAAGCUGUACGUCCGCCGGGUUUUCAUUAUGGACAACUGUGAGGAGCUCAUCCCUGAGUAUCUUGGCUUUGUCAAGGGUAUAGUUGACUCUGAGGAUCUUCCCCUCAACAUUUCCCGUGAGAUGCUCCAGCAGAACAAGAUUUUGAAGGUGAUCCGCAAGAACCUGGUCAAGAAGUGCAUCGAGCUCUUUUUCGAGAUUGCUGAGAACAAGGAGGACUACAACAAGUUCUACGAAGCUUUCUCCAAGAACCUGAAGCUCGGCAUCCACGAGGACUCACAGAACAAGUCGAAGAUUGCUGAGCUGCUGAGGUACCACUCGACCAAGAGUGGCGAUGAGUUGACGAGCCUCAAGGAUUACGUGACGAGGAUGAAGGAGGGUCAGAAUGACAUUUACUAUAUUACUGGUGAGAGCAAGAAGGCAGUCGAGAACUCUCCCUUCCUUGAGCGUCUUAAGAAGAAGGGCUAUGAGGUCCUGUUCAUGGUGGAUGCCAUUGAUGAGUACGCUGUGGGCCAGCUCAAGGAGUUUGAGGGGAAGAAGCUCGUGUCAGCCACUAAGGAGGGUCUGAAGCUCGACGAGAGUGAGGAUGAGAAGAAGAAAAAGGAGGAAUUGAAGGAGAAGUUUGAGGGUCUGUGCAAGGUGAUUAAGGAUGUUCUUGGAGAUAAGGUCGAGAAGGUUGUUGUGUCUGACCGAGUUGUCGACUCGCCUUGCUGUCUGGUUACUGGAGAGUACGGGUGGACUGCCAACAUGGAGAGGAUCAUGAAGGCUCAAGCUUUGAGAGACUCAAGCAUGGCUGGCUACAUGUCGAGCAAGAAGACUAUGGAGAUCAAUCCUGAGAAUCCUAUCAUGGAGGAGCUGAGGAAGAGGGCUGAUGCUGAUAAAAACGACAAGUCUGUUAAGGAUUUGGUGCUGUUGCUGUUUGAGACUGCCCUACUUACUUCGGGCUUUAGCCUGGAUGAGCCUAGCACGUUUGGCAACAGAAUUCAUAGGAUGUUGAAGCUUGGACUGAGCAUUGAUGAUGAUGCCGGUGAGGGUGAUGCUGACAUGCCGGCGCUGGAGGAAGCUGAUGCUGAUGCUGAGGGCAGCAAGAUGGAGGAAGUUGAUUAAACUUGAUUGAUGAUAGUCUUCUUUUGGUCGGGGUUUUUGUUUUGUGGGACUAAGAAUUAUGUUCUCUAGUGAUGAGACAGACCCCCUGGUGGGUUUAUUAUCUAUUUCGUUUUUAUGAUUUUUUUUUUUACUUAUUAGGAGUGAAACCGAUUUUAUUUUAUAUGAUGUGAUAUUAAUUCACAAUUUGGAAGUUUGAGGCAUGUUAUUAUCUUGAGGAUCUCUUCUUUGUUCAACAGCCUAGCUUAUAGUAGUUGGUACAUGUCUGAGUAUUUGCCAGUGGAAAGGUUCGUUUCAGAAUUUUAUUUUUUGAACAAAAUUUUCCAGGUAAAACAAAGACUUGAUGGGUAUUCCUUCAUACAUUGACAUCUAGUUACAUAUUUUUGAUUUUUUUCUUCCAAGUUCCCUUAUUGAAAUUUAUUAUUAUACUGUGGCGAAA